AUGCAGCUAGUUCCACACUACUGUUGUACCUGCGCGCAACAGCGAAGUCACAUCUCAUUAGUUCCCCAUCGCAUCCAAGGGUGGAGGAAAGUGCAAGACACUUCGCUAUGCUUUAGAUAUAGCCAGUAUGCUUGUAGUUCCCUAGGCUCUUGCUCAUCAUUGUAUAUACCUUCGUAUAGUUUAAGGAUUAUGUCUGUAUAUUGCUCAAAAUAUUUGUAAAAUUGUAGUUAAGUUUAAGAAUUGCGAUCCAAAAAUUCCUUUAGAGAAUGCUCUCUAUAUUUGUAUAACUUUUUUUGUACUUUGCGCGAG